UCUCCAGAAGAGAGCUCAUAAUAUUGUUAAAUUAGAAAAAUUUUCAAGAAAACAGUUAACCUUUUAUUUUGUUAAAUUAACUCUUCAAUCCAUAUGAAUCUUAAUCUUAAUUCAAUCAUCCAAUUGGAAUCAAUUUGUGGUGAAUCAAUUCUAUGGGAUGUUAAUUCAACUUGGAAUUCAGAUUCUCCUAAAUUGUCUCGAUGUUUUCACACUACGAUUCUCAAUUGGUUACCAACUUGUUUCCUUUGGUUACUUUGCAUCUAUGAAAUUAGACGAACAAUUAAAAUACGGAGACAAUUGAUUCCUUGGAACUGGAUUAACACAUGCAGAUUAAUUUUAUCCACAUUAAAUAUCCUCGUAAACUGUUUACAAUUAGUCAACAUAAUCUUCAGAUAUUUCAAUUCAUCUAAUCCAUCAGUUGCUGCUGAUUUUUACUCUUCCUCAACUAAUAUUGUUUCUUUUACAUUGGUCAGUCUCUUAUUCCAUUACCAUCGUUUGCGUGGUAUUCGCACAAGUGCCAUCAUAUGGAUUUACUUUUUUCUACAAACAAUUUGUACUUUUCUAAUCGCUUAUUCGACUUGGGUCAAUUCUUCCGAAUACACUGGGACAGAGGUCAUUUUAAUGAAUAUCUUUUUCGUGUCUAAUCUCCAUCUACUUAUCAUAACUUCUUUUACCGAUAGACCAAAUUCGUUGACCUAUGAAUACAACUCGAUAGCUGAGAAAGACAACAAAUACAGUAAGAAGUAUAGUCCAGAAAACGAGGCUUCUUUUCCAAGUGAAGUAUUAUUCUCGUGGUUCAACAAUAUGGCCAUUUUGGGCUGGAGAACUUCUUUGACUACCAAAGAUUUAUGGGAGCUUCGAGAUGAUUUGAAAACAGAAAAUCUCAUUGGAGCUUUUGAUUCGAAAUUGCAUCAACAGGUUGAAAAACAAAAAAGAUUAUUCAGAAUUUACGAUGAUACAAAUGUCUCAUCUCAACCCAAUCAACCCUUCAAGGUUAAAGUGAACAUAAUCCCGAUUCUAAUCAAAGUUUAUGGCAUAUAUUUGAUGAGCGGAGCUUUUUUCAAAUUGGUUCAAGACGUACUUUCAUUCAUAAUCCCACAAUUAUUAAAGUUAUUAAUCUCAUUCAUAAAGAACCAAUCAAGUGAACCCAUUUGGCAUGGAUUCUUAAUUGCAUUCGCAAUGUUCAUCAUCUCAUUUGCUCAGACCGUUUUCGUGAAUCGUUAUUUUUAUAGCAUGUAUAUUCUUGGAAUGAGAGUAACUUCAACUUUGACUGCGGCAAUUUACAAGAAAUCGCUGAAUCUUAGCGACAAAGCGAGCAAAGAAGUUAAUUCGGGAGAAGUUGUUAAUCUAAUGUCCGUCGACGCCAAAAGAUUUCUGGAUCUACUUCCGUAUCUUAACUUAAUCUGGUCUGCACCUUUGCAAAUUCUUUUGUCUAUUUGGUUUCUUUAUAUCGAACUAGGAUAUUCUUCUUUGUUUGGUCUUGGUGUGAUGGUGCUGAUGAUGCCGAUCAAUGGAGCGACUAUUCAUUUGUGUCAAAAGUUUCAAGUAAAAUUCAUGGAGCAAAAAGAUGAGAGAGUAAAGUUCAUGAAUGAAAUUCUGAGCGGGAUAAAGAUUAUUAAAUUUUAUGCUUGGGAAAAUUCAUUUCUAAAGAUCGUCAAUGAGCUACGAAAGAAAGAGUUGGGUCACUUGAGAAGAUUGAGCUACUUGGAAAACUUCAGUGCCUUUUUGUGGCUUUGCUCUCCAAUGAUUGUAUCGGUGGCCACUUUCGCCGCAUAUGUGUUGAUUCAAAAAGAAUCAUUAACAGCAGAAAAAGCAUUCGUUUCUCUUUCGCUAUUCCAUCUACUCCAAAAUCCUUUAUCUAUGCUACCCGAACUUUUGUCGUAUUUCGUCAUGACUUCCAUAUCUAUAAGGAGAAUCAACAAAUUUCUUAGCUACGAGGAUCUUGAUCCUUAUGUAACAAAAGAUCAAGAAAUUGAUGCUAUUUCUGUCGACGAUGGUUAUUUCAAGUGGAAUAAAAAAAAGAAAAUUAAAGAGACCAAGAAGAGAAAAAGUUUACUUGGAUUGUUCAGAGGAGGAAAAGAGGAAAUUAUGAAUGAUUCAGAAUCUCCUCAGGAAAAAAUUCCGACAUUACAAAAGAUCAACAUGAAAGUGAAACCUGGUUCGUUUGUAGCGAUUGUUGGUUCUGUUGGUAGUGGUAAAAGUUCAUUGUUAAGUGCGAUUCUAGGAGAGAUGGAGAAAAUAUCAGGACGAAUUAAUAUCAAUGGAAAAUAUUCAAUCGCUUAUGUCGCUCAACAAGCAUGGAUUCAAAAUACUUCAUUGAAAAACAACAUCUUAUUUGGUUCUCCGUUUGAUGAAAGUAAAUAUAAUCAGGUAAUUUCUGCCUGUGCAUUAGAACCUGAUAUCGCUUAUUUACCUGGAGGAGAUGAAACGGAAAUCGGCGAGAAAGGAAUUAACCUUUCAGGUGGACAAAAACAACGAGUUAGUCUUGCUCGAGCUUGUUACAGUGAUUCUAAUCUGUUCAUUUUAGACGAUCCAUUAAGUGCUGUCGAUGCUCAUGUAGCUCAACAUAUUUUCAAAAAAGUUCUGAGCUCAAAAACUGGAAUUUUAAGGAAUAAAACUCGAGUUUUAGUUACCAACAAGUUGGAUCUUUUAUCUAAAGUCGACAGUAUUUAUGUUCUAACCAAUGGCUCGAUUACCGAGAAUGGAACAUACAAACAAUUGAUGGAAGCUGAAGGAGAGUUUUGUGAUCUUGUCGAGCAAUUUACAAAUCAAUCAGUCGAAAAAGAUAAUGAACAACAUGAAGAAUCAACUAACAAUAAACCCAUUGAUGAAGAAUACAGUGUCAAGCUAUCUAAUGAAGAGAAUAACGAUAAAACAAAAUUGAUCGAAAAUGAAGAAUCACAAACGGGGAGAGUUAAAUGGUCGGUUUACUUUGAAUACUUCAGAAUGGUUUCUAUACUCUGGACAUCACUGAUUGUUUUGAGCUAUGGAAUUUCAAAUGGAUUCCAAGUAGCAUCAUAUAUUUGGUUGUCCAAGUGGUCAAGUGAUUCGACCACUCGAAACGUUACUUUGCCCAACCCCGAAAUGAGGCUUGGAGUUUAUAGUUUUUUGGGAUUUUGUAGAGGUGGUCUUACUCUUCUUGGGUCUUUUUCACUCGUCAACGGUACAUUGAGAGCAUCAACUGAAUUUCAUCGAAAUAUUGCUUAUAAGGUCUUCCGGUCACCUAUGUCCUUUUUUGACACCAAUCCCAAUGGCCGAAUCGUUAAUAGAUUCUCAAAAGAUAUUGAUGUGAUCGAUACUGGAUUACCAAUAUUCUUGAAUUAUUGGAUUUUACACCUUUUCGAAGUAAUUUCCGCAUGUAUCAUCAUUUGUAUCCAUACUCCGCUGUUUAUCAUUACUCUGGUUCCAAUCACGAUGAUUUAUACUUUUAUCCAACAGAUUUAUAUGUCAUCGUCUCGACAACUUAAGAGACUCGAAUCGGUCACUCGAUCACCGAUUUAUUCACAUUUCGGAGAAACACUAAAUGGAGUCAGUACUAUUCGAGCUUUUAAUGUCUCCGAGAGAUUCAUUCAAGAAUCGGCUUAUAAAGUAGAUCACAACCUUUCGUGUCUCUUUCCCAGUAUUGUAGCGAAUCGAUGGUUGAGUAUAAGAAUAGAACUAUGUGGUAAUCUAAUGGUUCUAUCAACUUCCAUUUUCGCCGUUCUUUCUCGAGGUUCUCUUGAUCCCGGGGCUGUUGGUCUCGCUGUUUCGUACGCUCUUAGUAUAACUGCAUCACUCAAUGAGCUCGUUCGGAUGGCAUCUGAUUUGGAUACCAGUAUAGUGGCAGUUGAACGUGUUAUGGAAUAUUGUAAAUUAAAAAGCGAAGCUGAUUGGUAUGAAGGUAAAGUUAUGCCACCUGAAGAUUGGCCAUCAAAAGGAUCAAUUAAAUUCGAUAAAUAUGAAACUCGAUAUCGAGAAGGAACCGAAUUGAUUUUGAAAGGAAUUUCAGGAGAAAUCAAAGGAUUGGAAAAGAUUGGAAUUGUUGGUCGAACUGGAGCUGGUAAAUCGACAGUUACUCUGUCAUUGUUUAGAUUAAUUGAAGGAUCAGGAGGAUCGAUUUCUAUUGAUGGUCUUAAUAUCAGCGAAUUACCUUUGCAUCCAUUGAGAUCUCGUCUUGCAAUUAUCCCUCAAGAUCCAGUCCUUUUUGGUGGAACCUUGAGAUUCAACUUGGAUCCAUUUGAUUGUUAUUCAGACAAUGAUAUUUGGGAUGCAUUGUCUCAUGCUCAUCUCAAACAAUUCGUUAAUAAUACUGGUCAAGGUCUUAAUUACCAAAUAGCCGAGGAAGGAAAAAAUCUUAGUGUUGGACAGAGACAAUUGUUGUGUUUAGCAAGAGCUUUACUGAAGAAACCAAAGAUUCUAUUCCUGGAUGAAGCAACUGCAGCGAUUGAUUUGGAAACGGAUUCAUUGAUUCAGAAAACAAUCAGAACAGAAUUUAAAGAUUGUACAAUAUUAACCAUCGCUCAUCGUUUGAAUACAAUAUUAGAUUCUGAUCGAGUGAUGGUCUUGGAUCGAGGUCAAAUCGCGGAAUUCGAUGAACCUAAAGUUUUGCUAGAGAACAAACAAUCAAUAUUCUAUUCAUUAGCUAAAGAGGCUAAUCUUGUCUCUUGAUUAUUGAUGCAAUCAAUUUAAUUUCUAUUUGUAUUUAUUUCUUCAUCAUCAUCAUCAUCUCCUUCACCAAUCAACAGGUGAUAUUGGUAUCUUACUCUGUUGUAAUCAUUAAAUUAAACACAAUUAAAUUGAAUACUUAGGAAUAAAAAGGAAAAAACUUUUUACUCUUAAAAAUGAAGUUUAAUAAUCACCUUUGUUAUCAAUUGUCAAUUAACUCAUAGCAACAGGUUGAUUUGACCAAGGUCAACUUAACUGUUCAAAAAUUAAAAAUUUAACAAGUUUGAUCGAGUU